UCCAAAAAUAGCCUGACGCAUUCAAUGACGCCACGGGUCAACAAAAUUCUUCUUCUUCAGCUAGCCAAAACCCAACUAUAAAUAACAAUCCCUCCUUUUCUAUCAAUCCAUACCCACUCCCAAACAACCUCUAUUCCAUUUACAAACAGUCCUCUAUUCUAUUUACUUCACUAACCAUAACAAUGGCAUCGAGCGACGUAAAGGUUAUCGGCGCACCGCUGAGCCCAUUCACGAACCGGGUUCAAAUCGCUCUCAAUUUGAAAUCCGUCCACUACGAGUUUCUCGAGGAGUCAUUCCCAUUCUUGACCAAGAGUGAGUUGCUUUUGAAAUCGAACCCGGUUCACAAGAAAGUCCCUGUUUUGUUCCAUGGGGGAAAACCCGUUUGCGAGUCUCUCGUUAUUGUGCAGUAUAUUCUCGACGUAUGGACUGAUGGCCCGGGUAUUCUCCCUUCGGAUCCGUACGAUCGGGCCAUGGCCCGGUUCUGGGCUGAUUACCUUGAUGCUAAGUGGUGGCCGUUACUGAGGGGGCUGCAUAAUGCAGAAGGAGAGGAGGCAAUAGCGGCCGCACUAGAGCAAUUUAUGGAAGGGAUCAUGCUGUUGGAGGAUGCUUUCGCGAAAUGUGGCAAGGGAAAGGACUUCUUCGGCGGUGACACCAUUGGAUACCUUGACAUAAUCCUCGGGAGCUUUUUGGGGUGGCUGAGAGCGACGGAGAAGAUGAUCGAUUUAAAGAUCCUCGACGCAACCAAGACACCCGGUCUAUUCGGAUGGGCGCAUAGAUUUGGUUCAAAUGCCGCUGUGAAGGAUGUUAUUCCGAAAACGGAGAAGGUUGUGGAGCUUGCCAAUAUAUUCGCUGCUAUAGCUAGAGCCCAGUAAUUUCCCCAAUUUGGUUGUCACCAAGUCAAUAAUCUGGGCCGCUUAGAUUGCUCAGGAUGGUCUCUGUAAUUUUUUUUUUGGUAAUUUUGUUUCCAAUUUUGGUUUCUUUUUUCUUCAGAGUUUUGUAAUUCAAUAAGGUGGCAUACUACUUAUAUGGAAACUACUGGUUAUGUAUU